GAAAGUACAAGCCAAGUUCACCGGGCUGUUAUGUUCUGACUGAACCUCCCUCAUCGCUGCCAUUGUGUGCACCAGCCUGCCCAACGGGCCCAUCUCUCCGGCCUGGCUUUGCCCCUGGGUGCCCCAAAGGUGCACCGGGUGAUGGAGAUGAGGCCCCUGGCCCUCACCCUGACUUUCCUGUGGGCACAGACCUGGCUGAGCCCCUCCCAGGUGCAAUGCCAUGACUCCAGGCCUCUGGGGAUGGCAUCCGACUCUUUUGAUGACCAGUACGUCGGGUGCACGGAGGAAAUGGAGGUAGCUGUGGCUCCGUGGCUGCUGGAGAAGGAAAGAGCCAGACACCCGCUGCUGAACGGGAUGUGGACAAACCUGUCGGCUGUCUGGGUCGAGAAGAAGAAAGGGCUGAGUCUACCUGUGGGCUUUCAGGAUGCGCACGGCAUCGCCAUUCUGGUCUACACCGACUCCUCCAACGACCUGUACAAGAAGCUCCAUUUAACUCGGCAGCUUUACAAAGAGUUCAACGAGGCUGUGGGAGAGGCUGGUAAAUCCCGAGGCACCUACCUGCACACCUUCCCCUUCAAGGCCCUGCACUAUUACCUGAGCAGAGCCUUGCAGCUGCUGCGGGAGGACUGCGGGCGCAUGUACCGCAACCAGCUCUACCGGGGGGUCCGCUCCAUCCGCUUCAAGCUGCACAAGGCAGGCCCGGUCCGGUUCGGACAGUUCACCUCCUCGUCCCUGGACGCCGCGGUCUCGCAGGGCUAUGGCAGCACCACGUUCUUCAUGCUGCGCUCCUGCUUCGGGGCCCACAUCGAGAAGCUCUCCUUCUUGGGCUUUGAGAAGGAGGUGCUGAUCCCCCCCAGCGAGGUGUUCGCCGUGUCCAAAGUCACCCAGCAGGGAGACAGCAGCGUCUUCGUGUUGCACAGCACCAACCGCACCUGCAGCCACUUCAACUGCGCCUACCUGGGUGGGGAGAAAAAAGCCACGUGUGCCAAUGGCCCCGGCCUGAAGGAGCAUGCACAGUGCAACUCCCAGUGGGCACAGCCCUGACGAGCACCAAGCUGUGAAAGAGAGGAGGAGCUCCCAUGAAUGUGAACCCAUUGCACUGAAAAUCUGCCUGGCUCAUGGAGGAGGACGGGGCUCUUUGUGCAGAGCCAAAGUCCAGGUCCAAUCUCCAUUGAUCAAUUCUUGUCCUCUUCUGUGCAGGGUGGCCAGCAGGAAAAUUGCAGGGUGGGGUCAUCCUAGGAAGAGAGGCUGCUCCAAAGAGACGAUGCUUGUCUGGCUUGGGAGAGUCUGCUUUCAAAGACGAAGCUGUGAAUGGCAAUUAAAAUCCCC